UUUUGUUUGUGCAUAACAGUAGAAAUGACAUGCAAUAGAUAAUAUAUCGAUGAAAGAUAAUGAAUUAGAUAUUUCAAGAUAAAUCAAAAAUUUAUAAAAGAAAGGUUUUAGAAGGAACAUCCGAGGAAUUUUACUUUUAACUGAUAGCAAUAUGUCAGAUUCUCCUGUUGCUAUUGUUACCGGAGGGGCCCAAGGUAUUGGGGCAGCUAUUUGCAUAGAACUGUUGAAGAAAGGUUAUCGAAUAUGUAUAGCUGAUAUUCAAAAAUCAAAAGCAGAAGAUUUUGCAAGAGAGCAGCAAAAAAUUUAUGGCGAAGGAAAUGUAAUAGUAAUACAAUGUGAUGUAACAAAAGAAUCUGACUACGCAAAUGUUUUCGAAGGGACGCUGAAACAUUUUAAGAGAGUUGACGUUCUCGUGAACAAUGCAGGAGUCUUGAUGGAACCAGAUCCUCGCACAUGCGUUGAAGUUAAUUUGUUGGGACCUCUCCUUGGAUGUCACGCAGCUCUGAAAUACAUGGGGAAAAGCAAAGGAGGUAAUGGCGGUGCGGUUAUCAACACAGCUUCUAUUGCAGGAGUUGUACCUAUUCCUAUAAUACCAGCGUACGCAGCCACUAAGCAUGGUGUAGUGGGUUUGACUCGCAGUUUUGGACUUCCUUACCAUUAUGAUAAGGAUGGAAUCUUCUUUGCUGCUUUAUGCCCUUAUUAUGUAGACACAGAUAUGAUAAAAUCAUUAAACAGAACUCUUGAGCCCACACAUGACUCAACCAACCGCCCUGAUAAAAUGAGCGUUGAAUACACAGCAAAAGGAGUGCUGAAGCUAGUAGAAGACAAAAUCAAUGGCUCUACGUUACUCGUUGUCCCUGAUGGAUAUCACUAUUACGAACUUGACGAAAAACUGAAGACUUUAAUCCCAGCAGAAGAAGAAGUUGCUGGAAAUAUAAAACCUCAAUGAAAGAAAUGAAAAGGAUAAAU